AUGGAUACUAAUGACGACCCUGAUGAAGAUCAUCUGACAAGUUAUGAUAUUCAGCUCAGUAUUCAAGAAUCCAUUGAAGCCAGCAAGACUGUAUUUUACCCUGAAAGAGACUUGUUAUCAGCCUAUGUGUUUCAUUUAGGUCAUAUUCUAGAGCUCCAGGAAUAUGUGAAAUGUAAAUAUGCGUUAGAUGAAGCCGAUGAAAAAGGAUGGUUUCCACUGCAUGAAGCUGUUGUUCAGCCCAUUCAGCAAGUACUUGAAAUCGUUCUGGACGCUGUCAAAAAGGGCUCGUAUGACAUGGUGUCUGCUCUGCUCAAAUACAAAACCAGCCUUGACCAGCCGUGUGCCAAGCGAUGGUCAGCCAUGCACGAAGCCGCCAAGCAGGGCCGCAAAGACCUCGUAGCCCUGCUGCUGAAGCACGGCGGCAACGUGCACCUGCGGGACGGGUUUGGCACCACGCCGCUGGGCGUGGCCGCCGAGUUCGGCCAGUGCGAUGUGCUGGAACACCUAAUCCACAAAGGCGGUGAUGUGUUUGCUUUGGCGGAUGAUGGGGCAUCAGUGUUGUUUGAGGCAGCAGGAGGCGGUAACCCUGACUGCAUUUCCCUCGUGCUGGAAUAUGGAGGAAGCGGAAAUGUACCUAACAGGGCUGGGCACCUUCCUAUACACCGAGCCGCCUACGAGGGACAUUACCUUGCGCUGAAAUAUCUUAUCCCAGUAACAUCCAAAAAUGCAAUCCAGAAAAGUGGGCUAACACCAAUUCACUCAGCGGCAGAUGGACAAAACUUACAGUGCCUUGAACUGCUCAUUGAAAAUGGUUUUGAUGUCAAUUCUCUGCUUGCUGACCACAUUUCUGAGAGCUAUGAUGAUGACAGGAAGACUGCACUCUAUUUUGCUGUUUCUAAUAAUGACAUCCAUUGCACAGAAGUCCUUCUGAACGCCGGUGCCGACCCAAACUUAGAUCCCCUCAACUGUCUCCUGGUGGCAGUAAGGGCCAAUAAUCAUGAAAUUGUCCGGCUGCUUCUCUCCCACGGAGCUAAUGUCAAUUGUUAUUUCAUGCAUGUUAGUGACACUCGGUUCCCCAGUGCCAUCCAGUAUGCCCUAAAUGACGAAGCAAUGCUGAGGCUGUUGCUGAAUAAUGGCUACCGAGUGGAGCUGUGCUUUGAGUGCAUGCACGGAGACAUCUUUGGAAAUUCGUUUGUGUGGUCAGAGAUAGAGGAAGAGGUACUGCCGGGAUGGACAUCUUGUGUAAUAAAAGAUAACCCGUUCUGUGAGUUUAUUACAGUUCCUUGGAUGAAACACUUGGUAGGCAGCGUUAUCCGCGUAUUAAUAGAUUAUAUGGAUUAUGUCCCUUUGUGUGCUAAACUGAAGUCUGCAUUGGAAGCACAGAGAGAAUGGCCAGAAAUCCGUCAAAUACUAGAGAACCCUUGCUCAUUAAAGCAUUUGUGUCGGUUAAAAAUUCGAAGACUUGUGGGACUUCAGCGACUCUGCCAGCCAGCCUCAAUGGAGAAGCUUCCUCUACCACCAACUAUUCAAAGAUACAUAUUAUUUAAAGAAUAUGAUCUCUAUGGACAGGAGCUAAAAUGGAUUUAAAAAUUGUUCAACAGGAUUCCCUCAGAGAAUUUCUUGGAAUCGGUUUAUAUCUUUAAGUGUGUUUAAAUGCAUUGACAAUUUUAUAAUGGGAUCCUGUGUUCUUAUGGGAACGCUGAGUUUUAUGUCUUUAAAGACCUUUACAUUGUGAUUUUUUUAACUUAAGUAUAGUUAAUAUAUAUUACAUUAGUUGUAUUAGUUUCAGGUGUACAAUAUAGUGAUUCAACAUUUGUAUACCUUACAAUGUAAUCACUCCACUAAUUGUACUAGUCACCUGUCACAGUGCAAACUUAUGACAAUAUUAUUAACUACAUUCCCCUUUGCCUUUUUUACCCAUCCUCCCCUUCUGGUAACCAUCCCUUUGGUUACAAUGUGAUUUUUUUUUUAAGCAAGUCAAUAUUUUACAUUUGAAUUUCUAUUAUCUUCACUGGCAAUAAGUCUUCAAACUCCAUCAAGUGCUCCCACAUUAUCCAUGAGCAAGCCUCUCCUAUGUUUAUAAAACGAAGAACCACUUUCUCAAAUCCACAUCUUCAGCCAGUUGCUGGCCCAUUCCUCUCCUCUCUUUCACAGCUAUACCACUGACAGGGGUCCUUCCUGCUUACAGAGUCACACUGUUUCUCCACUGCCCUUCUCAAGGUCCUUAACCCCUUCCUCAUUGCUAAUUUCAACAUGCAUUUUUCUUCAGUCCUCUAAGCGGAUUCCUGCAGCACCCAAUACUGUUGCCUGCCCCCUCCUUGAAAAGGUCUUCCCCUGGUUUUCACGACACCUUGCUUUCUUGGCUCUCCUCCCACCUCCCAGGCUGCUGUCUCUGGCUUCUUCCUGCGUUGCUCACCUCCUGUCAACCCUUUAGUAAUAUGCCUUAAGCUCUCUUCUCUUUUUAUGCUGUGUUCUCUGGGAAAUUUCAUCCCCGUCCUAUGUGCUCUUGACAAUAAAAUUUGUAUCCAGAGUGCA